AGAAGAUGGAGGGAACUAAACGACGUCGUUUCUAGAGCAGAUAAAAUUGGCCUCCGACCAGCUAGGAUGCUCUUCCCCUGUCUGGUUCCGUCUUUGAAUCAAUGCGUAUUUUAGGUGUAUCUUUGCACAUGGAGAUGAUUCUCUCCGUCAGCUGAACCAUGUAUACUAUGCAGAUGCAGUGUGCUUGUGAUAGUCGGGGAUUCUGAUGAAGUGAGAUUGGAUUUCGAGGUUCAGAAGCAUUCUCUGAUAUGAAUAUUGUUAAGCAGCUUCUGUCCAUUAAAUCUGGGUUUGGUGGUGCCAAAAACCAUUCUAGAGCAUCCAUUUUUUCGCUAUUCCAUUCAUCUGCUGCUACCCCAGUGGAGGUUCAUUCCCCAGAGCAGGAAGUAGUGAUUGCUUUAGGAAGCAAUGUGGGAGACAGGCUUUCUAAUUUUAAUGAAGCACUAAAAUUAAUGAAUAAUUUGGGCAUACACAUCACAAGGCACGGUUGUUUAUAUGAGACAGCACCUGCUUAUGUGACUGAUCAGCCUCGUUUUCUCAAUUCUGCUGUCAGAGCUGUAACAAAGCUUGCACCACAUGAACUGUUGGGAGCACUUAAGAAGAUUGAAAGGGACCUGGGUCGUACUGCAGGGAUAAGGUAUGGGCCAAGACCGAUUGAUUUGGACAUAUUAUUUUAUGGUAAGUACAGAGUACAUUCUGAAAUUCUAACUGUACCCCACGAGAAAAUUUGGGAGAGACCAUUUGUUAUGGCCCCGUUGAUUGAUUUAUUGGGAUCAGAUGUGGAUAAUGAUACAGUUGUUUGCUGGCAUUCUCUUGCAGCAAAUUCUGAUGGACUUUUCAAAUUAUGGGAAAAUUUAGGUGGUGAAUCCCUAAUGGGAAAGGAAGAAUUGAUCAGAGUUUUGCCCAUCGGAAAAUCCUUUUUAAACUGGGCAGAGAGAACUUAUGUCAUGGGCAUUCUUAAUUUGACCCCAGAUAGUUUUAGUGACGGAGGGAAGUUCCAGUCUGUGGAGGCUGCAGUAUCUCAGGUGCGCUCUAUGAUUUCAGAAGGGACAGAUAUAGUUGAUAUUGGUGCACAAUCAACACGACCAAUGGCAUCUAGGAUAUCACCACAGGAAGAAUUGGAUAGGUUAAUUCCUGUCUUAGAAGCUGUUGUGAAGAUGCCUGAAAUGGAGGGAAAGUUUAUUUCUGUGGACACUUUUUAUGCUGAAGUUGCAUCAGAAGCUGUCAGGAAAGGGGCUCAUUUUGUAAAUGAUGUAUCUGCUGGUCAGUUGGACCCUAGCAUGUACAAGGUUGUUGCUGACCUUGAGGUCCCUUACAUUGCAAUGCACAUGAGAGGAAACCCAUGUACGAUGCAGAAUAAUGAGAACCUACAGUAUGGUGAUGUUUGUAAAGAGGCGGCCUCUGAAUUAUAUUCACAGGUUAGAGACGCAGAGUUAUCCGGUGUUCCAGCUUGGAGGAUUAUCAUUGACCCAGGAAUUGGAUUUGCAAAAAGAACUGAACAUGAUUUGGACAUCCUCACGGGGUUACCAACCAUACGGACAGAGAUUGCAAAGAGAAGUUUAGCCUUGUCUCAUGCCCCGAUGUUGAUCGGACCUUCCAGAAAGAAAUUUUUAGGUGAAAUUUGCACUCGCCGUGAUGCAAUUGAGAGAGAUCCUGCAACAAUUGCUUCCGUGACUGCUGGGGUUUUGGGAGGUGCAAACAUUGUGAGAGUACAUAAUGUUAAAGAUAAUGUAGAUGCUGUGAGGCUUUGUGAUGCAAUGCUGAAAAGGAGAAGAUCCAUUGCUUGAUUUCAUCACGUCAUAUCUUUAUUCUUUUCCAAAGACUCCAGAAGUCAGGUUGUUUACUGACAAUUCUUCAUUUUGAGUUGAUGGUGUAACUUCAUGAAGCUGCCAUGUGAAAUCUAAAAUUCCUGGUUUCAGGAAAUUUGAAGAACCGUUUUCUUAAUGUGAGUUUGCUGAUGCGGAACCAUUUUUCCGGUUGAUACUAUAUAUCUCAAUGUUUUGCUGCCUAGCCUGUAUUCAAGUCUAUCAGAAGUUUCAUCGUCAGUUGUACCAUUUUUUGUUUUAUUACCAGUGAUGAUAAUUUAAAUACCUCUGUUUGUCUAUUGAUAACCCUUAUUUUACUCCCUUACAUUAGACCCUUA